GCCCUAGUAGUAGUGUAAUAUGGUAUAGAGCUAUAUUGUAACAAAUAAAGCUCAAUCUUCACUCUCAAAGUUACAAAAAAAAAAAAAAAAAAAAAAGUGAGGUCUUUAUAUAAUGGCUCCUGCACCAAUCACACAAAUGAAUGUAGGGCACAUAGAUGAUGUGCAAGAGCUAAGAAAAACCCAAAGUACCACAGUUCCUGAUAGAUUUAUGAGGGACGUAGAUGAGAUCGAUUCAGUCAUUUCUGAUUCGCCUAUUAGUAAAGACGUUCCUAUUAUUGAUCUUUCAAAGAUUGCUAAAGGAAGCUAUGAUGAAAUUAUUCAUCUAGCGUCUGCUUGCGAGGAAUGGGGUUUCUUUCAGGUCAUAAACCAUGGAGUUGACACAAAAAUUCUAGAGAAGAUGGAAAAAUUGUCAAUGGAUUUUUUCAAGCAACCAAUAGAGGAAAAACAAAAGUACAAAAUGGCACCAGGAACUGUUCAAGGAUAUGGUCAAGCUUUUGUUUUCUCUGAGCAACAAAAGCUUGAUUGGUGUAACAUGUUUGCUCUUGGUAUCCAUCCACAUUUUAUAAGGAACCCAAGUCUUUGGCCAACAAAGCCACUAAACUUCAGUGAAAGCAUUGAGGCUUACACGAGGGAGAUAAGGAUAUUGUGCGAGAAGCUACUGAGGUGUAUCGCGGUGAGCCUUGGAUUGAGAGCCGAGAGGUUUGAGGAAAUGUUUGGGGAAGCAGUUCAAGCCAUAAGAAUGAAUUACUACCCACCAUGUCCAAGACCAGACCUAGUGUUAGGGUUAAGCCCUCAUUCUGAUGGAAGUGCACUUACUAUUUUACAACAAAAGCAAGGAAGUUCUAUUGGCCUUCAAUUGCUCAAAGACAAUAAGUGGGUGUCCAUCCAUCCAAUCCCUGGUGCUCUUGUUGUCAACAUUGGAGAUACUCUUGAAGUGUUAACUAAUGGGAAAUAUAAAAGUGUGGAGCAUAGGGCAGUAACUAACAUGGUAAAAGACAGGCUCUCAAUUGUGACAUUUUAUGCACCAAGUUAUGAAGUUGAACUUGGGCCGAUGCCCGAGUUUGUGGACGAAAGCAACCCGGUCCAGUACAGAAAUUAUCUUCAUGGAGAGUAUAGUAAGCACUAUGUCACUAACAAGCUACAAGGGAAGAGAACUCUAGAAUUUGCCAAACUUGGCACUCACAUUCCAGUGUAAACUAUAAUGACCGUCGUAACUAUGAAUCGUUCGUUACAAAUUUUUAGUUGUUUUCGAGUGAUAGUCCUAAUCAGGUACAUCUACAAAUAGAUGUAGCUAAGGUUGUUUUAUAACUCUUUUGCUCACUUGAAUUAGCAAAUUUAGUCAUGGCCCGUCAUGGAUACGCCUAGACUGGGAACAAGAUCUAGGUUUCCGUCUUUUUUGUAUAAAGCGAAAAAAUUAGACAACGUUGGUAGAUUUGUACCAAAGGUAGUCAAGAAGAAUGACCAGUUUUUAUCUAUUGUACAAGAUUAAACAAAUCUAAGUUGGGAAUGCCAUAAUAUGAUUCAUAUCUUGUAGAAUAGAUUUUGUACAAGAUCCUAUGAGAUGUAUCGUAGUGCAAUUAUAAUCGAGUAUGUUUGUAUCAA